AUGGCAUCAAAAUUUAAAACACUUAAUAAAAUUGCACUUCUUAUUACAUUAUCGAUUCUUUACUUAUUAUUGCCUUCAGAAGCUUAUUUCGUUCCACGAUCAGAAGUAAAAGAUGGAUGCGCGAAAUUAGCCAAAAACAUUGCAUCACCUAGUUAUGAAGAUGUUAAAGCGUGUUAUGAAGGAAUCAAGUAUGAUGAUGAACGAGCAAAACAAAUGAUUGAUGUAGUAGACGGAAUUAUGUCGAAUUUUUAUGUUUUGUUCGACCAAGCUAAAGAAAAACCAGAAAAUGGUUUUAGUUUUGAACCUAUAGACUUGAAAAAAGAACUAGAUUUAUUACGUCACAGGCAUUAUGAGUCUGAUUUUGAAUUCAUAAUCUUGGAGGACGAUUUAGAACCAUCAAAUAAGGGUUGCGAAGUAAUAGAAAUAAAUGGUCAGGAUGCGCUAAAAGUAAUCAUAGAAUUUGCUAAUAAGACAGUCGUUGGUUCAAGAGAUCUGGGUGUCCGAUUUAAUUUAGCAUUGGCUUCGCUCACUAAACUCUUUGAUGACUGGUCUAAUGCUGCGCAAUCUAAUCAAUUUGCACAUAGAUCUGAUUUACCAGAAACCCCUAAUAUUACUUAUAAGUUAUCUUGUUUUGGAAAACAACGUUCUAUGGCUAUCAAUGAUUUUAAGGAUACAAAAAGUUAUUUUAAGCAAAAUUGUUUACCUCAAGAAGGUAACCCAAGAGUACGUUCAGGAGGAUCAUUUGAUCUUCGCUUGAUUGGUGACAUUGGUGUUGCUAGAAUUGGUACUUUGUUUCUUCAAGAUUUUCAACUAAUUAAUAUAAAAGAAAGUCUUCAAUCCUUAUCCAACAAGGCUAAAAAGCUUGUUAUAGAUUUAUCAAAUAAUUCAGGUGGUUUUGUUGGUUCGGCCCAGGUAAUAUGUGCACUCUUACUUAAAUCAAAUGACUUUUUUCCUGGAGACAUAAAGAUUACAAAUAUUACUAAGCCAACAUUAAAACCUGGAGGCCUCCUCGAUAUAAGCGAUUCUCUUUCAUACCCCUCUGGAAAAAAAUUUUCUAGUAUAAAAGAUUUCAUAGGCAACAACUUUAUCGAAAGAGGCGGUACAACUUCAAGAUAUUCUAACAAAUUUACCUUUCAACUUGCUAAAGAAUUAGCAGAUAUAAUUAAAAAUAAGCCGAAACUUCGGUGGACAAAAAACAAUACUAUAAUUUUAACUAAUGGAUUUUGUGGAUCUGCUUGUGCACUAGUAUCUCAAUGUUUAGCCGAGAUAGGACAAUUUCCAACUGUCGCUGUUGGUGGUCUCUAUAAUUCUUCUUUAUCAUUUUCCUCUUUUGUCGGUGGGGAAGUCUCUUCUUAUGAUAACUCUACUAUUAAAAUCAAUGGUAUCCCUGACUUUCCGUUAGCAGGCCAGCUUCAAUUUACUGCAGCUGAGGCAUAUAGUACUACUCUCAAAAAAAAUAAAGUUUUAGACUUCUUAUAUAGAAAUGCUACAUAUAGACUUCAUUACAAUGAUCAAACUGCUAGGGAUCCUAGAAAAUUGUGGAAUGAGGCUGCUAAAUUUUUACAUUAA